UUGCUGGAAGCGCUUUCCGCAGAUGCAGUUCAUUUUCAACCGAGUAAAAGCUCACAUCAAAGAAGUACGCAAGCUACAGCCAUGAAUCGUAUUAGUAAAGUUAGUGUUUUCAUCUUAAUGAUGGCGGUAAUGAAUUCGAUAAGCUCAACCGAAGGAAAAAAGUUCACUACUUGUUCUCUGGCGAAAGCUUUACUGGACCAGGGCUUCAGCAAGGAGGAUUUGGUGAAUUGGGUUUGUCUAGUGCAGGCUGAAAGCGGCAUGAAUACCACCAAGCGGAACCACAACCGUAAUGGUUCGACCGACUGGGGUUUGUUCCAAAUCAACGACCGCUAUUGGUGCGAUCCACAGGAUAAAAACAAGCUGAGUACCAACGAGUGUAAGAUCAACUGCACAGCAUUGCUAACAGACAACAUAACGAAGGCAGCCGGAUGUGCUAAAAAAAUCUUCAAACGUCACGGCUUUCAGGCCUGGUAUGGAUGGAUCAACAAGUGCGAUGGUAAACCUCUGCCUGAUCUGUCCAAGUGUAAGCUGUGAGGAGCAACUUGUCUUAUUUACUAUCAGUAUUUAUUUGGAAAAAAAUAGGUGUGAAUAGCAAGCGAAGAAAAAAGAAUUAUUAAACAUUUUAUAGCUAUGACCGUGCGAAA